GCACAGACAUCUCGUGCAGAGGAGCUUUACAAGCAAAUAUUGAAUUCUACGGCGUCAACCUCCAAGGGAUCGGCAGUCAAUGCCGACAAGGAACAGUCUUUGCGUGACCAAGACCUCACUCCAGACAGAGAUGCCAGUGGCUUAGCGCAAGUCAUCACACUCUCGAGAUCAUUCAUGUCUUCAACUGCCAAGGCAAAGACUGCCAAGCUGAUCCGCACGCUUCUUAAUUACUUUAACUUUAUUCCUAACAGCCGGCAAACCCAGAUCGAUGUCCUAACCGACAACAUUGAGUGGUCAAAGCGCGAAAAGCGCAUAUUCCUUAAACAUAGCUUGGAAAUUCGACUCGUUUCCCUGCAGCUUGAAGCACUGCAGUAUAAGUUAGCCUUAACACGAAUCGACGCACUCUUGACAGAGUUGAAAAGGUUAGAUGACAAGAUGAUUCUUACCGAAGUACACCUGCUCGAGAGAACAUUCUACCGUGGCAUUGGAAACCUGUCGAAGUCCAAGGCUGCCCUUACUUCUGCCAGGACUGCUGCAAACUCAAUAUAUUGUCCUCAUCUUCAAGCAGCGUUAGACCUCCAAUCUGGUGUUCUCCAUGCUGAGGACAAAUAUUACACUACUGCAUACUCGUAUUUCUAUGAGACUUUCGAGAACAUGUCAUCGCAGGAUGACCCAGCAGCGCUGAGCGCACUCAAGUACAUGCUUUUGUGCAAGGUCAUGUUGAAUAUGCCCGAAGAUGUAACAUCACUUCUCUCUAUCAAGCUCGCGGUGAAAUAUGCUCAGCUCCGCGAGAUCGAGAGCAUGCGUGCGAUAGCGCUUGCGCAUCAGAAUCGGAACUUGUCAGAUUUCGAGAAGGCCCUUCGGGAUUACAAACAUGAGAUUGACUGCGUUGCCAAACAGGUCGGGCGAGGACGGCAGGACGUUGAGGCCAAGUGCGCAUUGAAUUGUCUCUGUGAAAAGUAGCUAAUAUCGUGUUUUAGGCUAUCUCAGAUGAUCUUGGACAAGGUGUUCCACGGCGUGCUGGAUCAGGGACGAGGAUGCCUGAUCGUAUUCGAUG